AUGAUGGGAAGCAUUAUUGGAAACCUUCUAAACAUCGUUGGCAUGGAUACGGCUGCUCUCACUUCCUUCCCCUUUGGAAGAAUCAUUGUCUCAUCCGUUUGUGCAAUCUUUCUCCUGGCCAUCAUGCUCUUGUCACGCCGCCGCAGGAACCAAGGGGUGAUAGGAGCGGGCCGUGCGGUACUGAUAACGGGCUGUGACAGCGGAUUCGGUCAUCAUCUUGCCCGGGGGCUGGAUGCUCGGGGGUUUGUGGUCUUUGCCGGUUGUCUGUUUCCCAACGGAGACGGUGCCCAAACUCUGCACAGAGAGAGCUCCAUCAACAUGAACAUUCUCAAACUAGACGUCACUAAAAAUGAAGAUGUGACACAGGCAAGGACUGUCGUCCAAUCAAACCUGCCAGAGAAAGGUGAGCUUUGUUACAAAUAGGCUACUUAAGUUUUUUCGGGGCUGCAUUAUUGCUCCUUCAUUCUAUGCACAGUUAGUCUGGGUAGGAGGUUAGCGACACAUAAUUGAUCUAAUAACGCAAUAAUUGAUCUAAUGUCCUUUUCAAAAUAAACUCUUAAGACUAAGGGUGCGUUCGUAAAUUCGCUCUGGCUAUCUACUCUGAUUUCAGAGCACACUCGUCUGAGUGCAAAAAAGCGUAAUUAAAUUGUUGCCAGCAGCACAGUUAGUCACCAACGCUCAAGAUAAAAUGAAAACAGCCUAACCAGCUCUCCUAGGAGGAGUAAAAUGGUCAGAGUGAGGUGUUCUCUCAUUUGUUUCUGGAAGUAGCUUGCAAGCUAGCCAACGUUGACUACCGUUGUAAGGUAAGAACUCUCGGAUCAACCCUACUCCUCCGCCAGAGCGUCCAGUGUAAUCUCUGAACGCUCCGAGAGCGAAACACUCUGAAUUUAUGAACGGACAAUCUGACAACGCUCUGAAUUUACGAACGCCCUGAGCAAACUGGCACUCCAGAUUGAAGCAGGGGUAGGAAACUAGAUUGUGGAUAGUCAUGGGCGGAAAUAGCCUAAUUAUAAUAAUUGUACACUGCAAAUUGAUCACAACUAAGCCCAAUAACACAUUUUAUUUGAAAAGAAUCAUGUCAUACAAGAUCACGUCUCUUUUUUUUAUUUUAUUUGUGGGAAUACUUUAGAACAGAUUUCUUAAAUUGAACACAUUUUGGCUCAAUUCCUGGUGAUUUUAGCCACUUUUCUUUACCUUAAAGAAAUUAAUUGGGGUCUGUUUUUGGCCUGCGGGCCACCUGUUGCUGACCCAUGACUAAGGCUAUUCAGAGGUUGAUGUUCCUGCUCUUCCGAGUCCUUUUCUUUUCUUUCUCCAGGGCUUUAUUAAUGAUGCAUUGACUGUUAUUAACAUUAAAAGUCAACCUUUUCCAUCUCAAAAGCACCUGUUGUCAACUAAAACAUCAAAUGUGCAACCUGGGCUCAGGGCAAUUUCUAGGAUUUUGUACAUGCCUCCAUUUAGCAUGAUAUAUUAAAUUAAGUUAGGUAACAUUAUGAAUGGAAUAGCGGUCUUACAAUAUCAUACGAAUUAGAGGACUUAUAGUGUCACUCAAACACGCAACCUUUGGAUUGCUAGAUAUCACGGUUAGGUGAAUUGGGUUAAGGUUAGAAUUAGGGUUACGGUAGAGCUGGGUGACACGGACAAAAAUCCAUAUCCUGAUAUGUUGACCUAUGUUUUGCGAUAAUGAUAAAUCUGGGAUAAAUUCCGAUAAAUUAUUUUUGGGGAGGUGCUAGAGGUGGACGAUAAUAUGGACAAAAAGUAAUGUGACAAAUUUACAUUUACAUUUACGUCAUUUAGCAGACGCUCUUAUCCAGAGCGACUUACAAAUUGGUGCAUUCACCCUAUAGCCAGUGGGAUAACCACUUUACAAUUUAUUUAUUUUUAUUUUUGGGGGGGGGGUAGAAGGAUUACUUUAUCCUAUCCCAGGUAUUCCUUAAAGAGGUGGGGUUUCAAAUGUCUCCGGAAGGUGGUGAGUGACUCCGCUGUCCUGGCGUCGUGAGGGAGCUUGUUCCACCAUUGGGGUGCCAGAGCAGCGAACAGUUUUGACUGGGCUGAGCGGGAACUAUGCUUCCGCAGAGGAAGGGGAGCCAGCAGGCCAGAGGUGGAUGAACGCAAUGCCCUCGUUUGGGUGUAGGGACUGAUCAGAGCCUGAAGGUAUGGAGGUGCCGUUCCCCUCACUGCUCCAUAGGCAGGCAAGCACCAUGGUCUUGUAGCAGAUGCGAGCUUCAACUGGAAGCCAGUGGAGUGUGCGGAGGAGCGGGGUGACGUGAGAGAACUUGGGAAGGUUGAACACCAGACGGGCUGCGGCAUUCUGGAUGAGUUGUAGGGGUUUAAUGGCACAGGCAGGGAGCCCAGCCAACAGCGAGUUGCAGUAAUCCAGACGGGAGAUGACAAGUGCCUGGAUUAGGACCUGUGCCGCUUCCUGUGUAAGGCAGGGUCGUACACUCCGAAUGUUGUAGAGCAUGAACCUGCAGGAUCGGGUCACCGCCUUGAUGUUAGCGGAGAACGACAGGGUGUUGUCCAGGGUCACGCCAAGGCUCUUCGCACUCUGGGAGGAGGACACAACGGAGUUGUCAACCGUGAUGGCGAGAUCAUGGAACGGGCAGUCCUUCCCCGGGAGGAAGAGCAGCUCCGUCUUGCCAGGGUUCAGCUUGAGGUGGUGAUCCGUCAUCCAUACUGAUAUGUCUGCCAGACAUGCAGAGAUGCGAUUCGCCACCUGGUUAUCAGAAGGGGGAAAAAGUAACUAUUUUGCUCAAUAACUGUAAAUAGAAUGAUACAAAUUUGUUUUAAUGGACAGUUACUCUGCAGGGCUCUAGAAUAUUUUUUCUACAGUGCCAAGUAAGACAACGGAGAUGUUAGCUUACUCUUUGAAUCAUAUAUAGGCUAUUUCAUCACACAUACAGUGGGGGAAAAAAGUAUUUAGUCAGCCACCAAUUGUGCAAGUUCUCCCACUUAAAAAGAUGAGAGAGGCCUGUAAUUUUCAUCAUAGGUACACGUCAACUAUGACAGACAAAUUGAGAAAAAAAAAUCCAGAAAAUCACAUUGUAGGAUUUUUAAUGAAUUUAUUUGCAAAUUAUGGUGGAAAAUAAGUAUUUGGUCACCUACAAACAAGCAAGAUUUCUGGCUCUCACAGACCUGUAACUUCUUCUUUAAGAGGCUCCUCUGUCCUCCACUCGUUACCUGUAUUAAUGGCACCUGUUUGAAUUUGUUAUCAGUAUAAAAGACACCUGUCCACAACCUCAAACAGUCACACUCCACUAUAGCCAAGACCAAAGAGCUGUCAAAGGACACCAGAAACAGAAUUGUAGACCUGCACCAGGCUGGGAAGACUGAAUCUGCAAUAGGUAAGCAGCUUGGUUUGAAGAAAUCAACUGUGGGAGCAAUUAUUAGGAAAUGGAAGAUAUACAAGACCACUGAUAAUCUCCCUCGAUCUGGGGCUCCACGCAAGAUGUCACCCCGUGGGGUCAAAAUGAUCACAAGAACGGUGAGCAAAAAUCCCAGAACCACACGGGGCGACCUAGUGAAUGACCUGCAGAGAGCUGGGACCAAAGUAACAAAGCCUACCAUCAGUAACACACUACGCCGCCAGGGACUCAAAUCCUGCAGUGCCAGACGUGUCCCCCUGCUUAAGCCAGUACAUGUCCAGGCCCGUCUGAAGUUUGCUAGAGUGCAUUUGGAUGAUCCAGAAGAGGAUUGGGAGAAUGUCAUAUGGUCAGAUGAAACCAAAAUAGAACUUUUUGGCAAAAACUCAACUCGUCGUGUUUGGAGGACAAAGAAUGCUGAGUUGCAUCCAAAGAACACCAUACCUACUGUGAAGCAUGGGGGUGGAAACAUCAUGCUUUGGGGCUGUUUUUCUGCAAAGGGACCAGGACGACUGAUCCGUGUAAAGGAAAGAAUGAAUGGGGCCAUGUAUCGUGAAAUUUUGAGUGAAAACCUCCUUCCAUCAGCAAGGGCAUUGCAGAUGAAACGUGGCUGGGUCUUUCAGCAUGACAAUGAUCCCAAACACACCGCCCGGGCAACAAAGGAGUGGCUUUGUAAGAAGCAUUUCAAGGUCCUGGAGUGGCCUAGCCAGUCUCCAGAUCUCAACCCCAUAGAAAAUCUUUGGAGGGAGUUGAAAGUCUGUGUUGCCCAGCGACAGCCCCAAAACAUCACUGCUCUAGAGGAGAUCUGCAUGGAGGAAUGGGCCAAAAUACCAGCAACAGUGUGUGAAAACCUUGUGAAGACUUACAGAAAACGUUUGACCUGUGUCAUUGCCAACAAAGGGUAUUUAACAAAGUAUUGAGAAACUUUUGUUAUUGACCAAAUAAUUAUUUUCCACCAUAAUUUGCAAAUAAAUUCAUUACAAAUCCUACAAUGUGAUUUUCUGGAUUUUUUUUCCUCAUUUUGUCUGUCAUAGUUGACGUGUACCUAUGAUGAAGUUUACAGGCCUCUCUCAUCUUUUUAAGUGGGAGAACCUGCACAAUUGGUGGCUGACUAAAUACUUUUUUUCCCCACUGUAUACAGGGAAUGCACGAUUGCUAUUGUGAUGUGCAACCUGUCAAAAAUGAUCCAGAAUUAUCAGAUUUAUUUUUGGCUCUUCAGAGAAUUUGGAGACAUCUUUGUGCAUAUUGGCCCUGUAGGCAAUAUUAUUCACCACCUGAGGUAGUGGGAACUCAAAACACCUAGCUAGUUUGCUGACUUUAAAUAUGAUAUUUUUGCUAUAUAGCCAUGUAGGCUAAUUUAUUCAUUUUAAUCUAUUAGUAAAUGUAGGCUAAUGUCCUACAAAAACUUUCCAGCACUAGGCCUAGGCUACUUGAAGUAGGCCUAUUCACUGCAAAUCGCGCGCUCUGCUCCGCGGGCGUAUCAAAACCAUACUACAGCCUACUCCAGAUGUGUUAAAUAGCACUAUGCAGAAAUCACUCCGCCAUUUCCUUGUUGCUAAAAUAGAGUAGUUCGCCCAAUUUCAGUUUGUGACAAAACAAGCAAGUAUAGCGUAGAGAAUCAUUGUACUGUCUAAACCGCUGUGAAAUACAUUUUCCAUAACAAACAAUAUUGUACUUUCAGCUGUUUGAAGCUACAUAUUGCAGUUUUAAGAGGUGAUAAAUAAAUAUAUAUACUCAAACAAAGCUGUGACUGUCCUCUCUAACUGUAACAACAGUAGUUGCUUUGAAAACUGUAUUUUUCCCGCAAUUGCAUUUGGAACAACGGUCAUAUGCUUGUGCUUCUCAGAAUGCAUCUCUCCCUCCUCCGUGCGCACAGUGGGGAGAGGGAGUGAGUAGCCAACAGCGAAACAGGGACAGGCAGAUACCUUCAUAGCAGGAAUCAACAUGAUGCGUAGGCUAUUACUGAUGACCAAAUAAUGGUUUUAGAACACUCUACAGGAACGUUGUAUAGCAAAAUUACCAGCAUACGCAAAAUGCUUCGGUAAGAGGAAGGUGGUGUCUGUAAUUUUAGGUUUAUUGGCCCAGCUCUAGGUUAGGGUAAGGGCAGACCCGUCGCCAGACCUCAGUCUUAAGGGGGGCAUAUGAAAUGCAUGGGAGGGCAGGGCACAAUUAUUAUUAGCCUACAGUAUGUAUAUUUAAUAAUAAAUUCCCUCAAGUGGGGGGGGGGGGGGCACAAGCAUUUAAAGGGGGUGGGCCCGGCCCCCUAUGGCCCGCCCAUAGCGACGGGUGUGGGUAAGUGUUAGCUAAAAUGCUAUAGUUGUCCCCCGACGCAACUCGAACACGCAUAUGUCUGACUCCAGGCUGAAAUGUGAGACACUUAUGACAAAACUGAUUAACAAGUUUCACACACAUUGUUAAUGUAAGUUGAUUUGUUUCGUUUGAAGGGCUAUGGGCAGUUGUGAAUAAUGCUGGCAUCUCAGACUGGUCAGAGACGGAGUGGAACACCGUUGAUGAUUAUCGCAAUAUGGCUGAGGUCAACUUAUUUGGCAGCAUCAGGACCUCCAUUGCUUUCCUCCCAUUGGUUCGUGCCUCAAAAGGUACGUUUAAUAAUUAUUUUACCAUCACCAUUUCAUAAUGGUGAUCACAGUUCUUGAUUUAUAACAUUCAAUGUUCAUAUUACUCCACAGUGUUCUAAAAUGUGUAAUGUUCAUUGAUUUCCGUAGGACGGAUGGUGUAUGUCUCAAGCAUCUUUGCGUUCUUCAACUGUCUAACCAUGGGGGCCUACAGUAUGUCCAAGAGAGGACUGGAGGCGUUUGCAGACUGCUUACGGGUAGAGAUGGCCGGUUUUGGAGUAAAGGUAAAGAAAAGUCUUGGUAAUCAUGAUACUUACUGUGUGUGUGUGUCUUUUAAUAAUCUUGUAGAUUUUUUUUUACAUUGAUUGUAACCAACACAUUCCUCAAAGCGUCAAUCUGUGAUUGCUAUAUCCAUUUUGGACAUUUUAAGUUAAUGAUAUAGAGUAUACCCAUUUAUUGUUGAAGAAUAUAACUCAUAAAUGCCUCAUGAGCGUAGUUCAACUGUGGUACCCCCAUCAGACCCCAAAAUAUACGUUUGUUUUACUACUUUGUGGUUACAAAGUAAUUGUAAACAAACACUGUAUAACUUCAAAACAUGGUUAAAUCUAUAACUUUGAUAUCAUGGAUGGCCAAUCCUUGCAUCCAUAGCUCUGUUUAUGAAUUUGAGAAAGGUUACAUUUCUCCAGCCCAAUCCCUCAGGUCUUCACCAAAAUACUGGCGGUGUGACUGCUUAUUGUUUGAACUGCAGAGUGCACCUUUAACGUUGUGUUGAUGAUCUCAGGUGAGCAUCAUCCAGCCAGGUAACUUUGGUCCUGCUACCAACAUCCUGAGGAGGAGAACAGGGACAGAAAUCUGGGAGAAACUGGACGAGGAGCAUCAACAGAUGUUCAACAGACAGUAUGUGGACCUGGCCAAUGACUACCACAUGUCCACAUGUAUGGCUGGCAACCAGGACAGCAGCCUGGUCAUAGACGCUAUGGUGGACGCCCUCACAGCGGACAGACCUAAACGCAGAUACCUGUUGGUCUCUAAGCUGGAUAUGUUGUUCUUCUAUGCCUUUCCCUAUCUGCCGACAUGUGUCACUGAUGCAGUUUUCUACCUCAGUCCCAUGUACAACAAAAGAAAAGCAAUGCUUUAUUCCAAAUAG